AUGAGUAACUCCCAGACAGAUAUCGUUGAUGGGCUAUCUACAGUCGUACCAACAGGACCGAUAGAAGACCUGUCUACCAGGGAGCGAUUGCAGCGAAUUGUUUUUAGUCAUAAGUUCCAUACUACAAUUAUUAUUUUAGUAGUCAUUGACCUCCUAAUCGUUAUAGCCGAAUUAUUAAUCGAUUUACAAGUUAUUGAAACCCAUCAUGAUAGUCCAGUGGUACUUGGAUUUCAUUUUAUUAGCAUAUCCAUAUUGGGCAUCUUUGUUAUUGAAUUUGUAUUGAAGAUUUACGCCUUUAGGCUUGUAUUUUUCUUGUAUUAUUUGGAAGUUUUCGAUGCCCUCAUAGUUUGUAUCUCCCUUAUUCUAGAUGUUUUUUACAUUCAUGUCCACUAUUCCCAUUUAGCAUUUGAAGGUAUUGUAGUAUCUGUUAAAGCUGAAAUGGAAGAAAAACACGAUCAUAAACUAAAGCAGAAGCGGAUACUUAUUGCCAAUUUGACAUCGAAAUUGCAUCAUUGUCAGGCGCUACUAGUCGAAAAUGAUAUCCCUAUUCCUGAAGAUUUGUUAUUACCUGAUGAGCUAGAUGCAACGGAGUAUCCAACUGCCAUACCUCCAAACAGCUCAUCUGUCAUUUCUAUCGUUUAA